ACUGACUGCGCGCGUAUGCAGCGGCUCCUCGUCAUCCUCACUGCUGAGACACAGACACACAAGAUCCGCUGGGACUCCUCCGAUAUUCAGUAGCUCUCCUGUGCUCGGAAUGGAGAUGUUGAAUAAUCGACUAAAAUAAGGAAAAGUGCUCGCAGAGAUCAAGAUGGUGUCGUGGAUCAUUUCGCGGAUGGUGGUUCUGGCCUUCGGGACCCUCUACCCAGCCUAUUCCUCUUAUAAAGCUGUGAAGACGAAAAACGUCAAGGAGUAUGUCAAAUGGAUGAUGUACUGGAUAGUGUUUGCGUUAUUCACAACAGCAGAGAUGAUCACAGAUAUGCUUUUAUCAUGGUUUCCAUUUUAUUUUGAGCUGAAGAUUGCUUUUGUUAUCUGGCUGUUGUCCCCGUACACCAAGGGCUCCAGUGUGCUGUAUCGCAAGUUUGUGCACCCCACGCUCUCCAACAAAGAAAAGGAAAUUGAUGAGUACAUAACCCAGGCUAAAGACCGCAGUUAUGAGACCAUGAUGCGCUUUGGGAAGAGAGGACUCAAUAUAGCUGCCACUGCAGCAGUCACGGCAGCCACAAAGGGUCAGGGCGUGUUAUCAGAGAAGCUGCGCAGUUUCAGCAUGCAGGAUCUGACUCUGAUUCAGAACGAAGACGAGCUGCUGCUGGACGGCGCAGACGACACACACACUGCCGCCACGCUACCUCGGGCUAAAACAGUCACGCGCACAGUUCGUGCCACACCCAUACCGGCUGACAACGAAUCGCAGCACAGCUGUCGCUCUGAUGACCAAUCAGAUAGCAGGACAGAGCAUUCGGAUGAAGAUGCAGCAGAUAAGGCCCCAAAACGCACUUCAAGCGUCAGAGCAGUCAAGAAACCAGCCGCUGCCAAAACAGAGCAGACCACCAAGACAGUGAAGAAACCCACAAAGAAGAAAACCACCACCACGGCCAACAACAAUGCUGAAUUACCAUGAGUCACACUGCGUUUAUCCAUCCCUGGACAACACACACAUUCAUGUGCUUUCCCGUACUAACAUUAGUGCUUUUCGCUUUUACAGAUAUGUUCUUACAACUGCAGAUACACACACAAACAUAAAUGCAUCACCUCUAGUCGGUUUAAUGCGGUGAAGAAGUUAAGACGUCUGGCUUCAUGCAUUCAUUUUCUGUUAACACUCCAAUGUGUGUGUUUCAAGUAAGGCUGGGUCUUGUCUUUUUGUCUGUAGGCCUUAAUAUUUUCAAAAGCAUGAGAUCAGAAAGUAGUGCCUGCACAUGAUCCUAUAUAAACACGUCUGAGCCCACGGUUUCUUAUAACUACAGAAUCCAUGCCAGAGCUUCAUGGUUUCCAUACUACAGGCCAAUUUCUCUUUUUUUAGCAUGUAGGACACACACUAUGGGACGAACAAGAAUCGGGAACAGAAAAACCGGGUUGUUAAAUGAAUAAAUAAGUUGAUUUACAGCACAGCGUCCAAAGGGAGUUCUGGAGGUGCCCAGAGCGGCUCUGUUCUCAUUCCGGGUCACCGAACAUCCCGAGCCCGAGACUUGUUGUGAAUAUUCAUGAUCAAAGAGGUCAGAUGUCUACUGGAAGCUGCAGGCACUCAAACGCUCUCGCCAUCAAUUAAUAGCGCUUUUGUCAGCUAGGACUGGAGGCGUUCGGCACACAUUAGCUGUUUCUUGUGCUAAUUUUACAUUCGUGUGGCGUGAUGAAACUUAAACAAGUGGUAGAUGAGAUGACAGGUGUCAUCUGGCGUUUUGGUAGGGCGCAAGAUGAAAACCGAAUCCCACGUUGGCCAGUAAAGGACAAGAUCCCUCUGUCUUGAGUAACCGGUUCCUGAAGACUGGAGAUUUUUAUUCGGUUCUUGGCUUUCUGUUGUUGUGGCUUGUUCAGCAAAACUCAAUUAUUCCAUAUCAGUUUGUAAUAGUGUCGAACAGACUCGGUUAGCACAAACCAAAGCAUCCGCUGAGAGUCGGCAGAUGAUUCACUGUGGUGAAAUGGUCAACCCUCGUUGCUGAAAAUCAUCAUAAAAGGUGCUUUUGGAAAAUAUGCUGGCUUAAAACCCUCUGGUCCUUU